CUUUCACAUUCGUCUUCUACAUCAUCUGUGAUAUCGACGGACAGUGACACUCCCUCCGGCCACACUCCCUUCAAGUCGUCAGACUCCUACGUCAUCAAAGUGUCCAUGGACAACAGUCAGAAUGACACAGCUCAUGUUUAUAAAAGUAUAAUGCUAAUGAACAGUGACCACACCCACACAGUGAUAGAUAAGGUUCUGGAGAAGUAUGGCAUCGAGGGCCGAUCGGAGAAUUAUUGCUUGUUGCAGCUUCUACCUGAUGGGGAAUUAUUAAUUCCAGAUCGAGCCAAUGUUUUCUACGCCCUGAACAAUCAAGUUGAACCACAGUUUAUUCUCAGAACGCGACAGGAGUACGAUGCUAUCAGGGAGAAGGAGAAGAGGAAAGGACGCAGAAAAAGAGCCAAACAGCUGACUAUAUGA